ACAGCCAAACGGCAUCGUUUCUCCGAAGUUCACAAACGUAAACAAUCAAAAAAAAUUCUUAAUUUUCACUGAUUUAAUUUGCAAAUUUCCCGUAAAACAGUGCUGGAAUAUAUUUUAGUGUUGAAUUGAAGACGGGCACCAUGCAGAAGAAACCCGUGAACCGGGUGUGCUUCAUCCCGGGCUGCACGUCCGAGUACGGCCAGGUGCUGUUCAUGAGCGCGUACAAAUCGGACGGCCUCCAGCAGUGGUGGAGCGAGUCGGGUUGGAAUCGUCGCAAGAACAAGACCAUCCCGAAGAAUACGCGGGUUUGCGAGCGCCACUUUGAGGAGCGGUUCAUCGAUCGGAGCUACAAGAUGCCGCGGCUGUUUCCGGACGCGUGGCCAACGAUGAAUCUGGUCGAGCCAAAGCCGGAGGAUCUGGAGGGUGGCGGUAGGGGGAGGUGCAAGGUUGACGGGCGGGGCAGGCCCCCGGGGCGGACAGAGACAAAUCCGAAGUACUAUUGCCGGUUGUGCGGGAGGCGGGAGAAGCGACCGCUGGAGGAUUUGAUGUGCGACCUGAAGGAUGGUGAGGACUUGCUGAAGUUUUUGUUGGGGCAGUAUUAUGGGAGGGUGGAUUUGCCCCAGGGUGUGUGCGACGAUUGCAUGGACACGGCCGAAUCGUGCGUGGAGUUUGUGCGCAAGUGCGAGGAGACUCAGCUCAAGCUGGAGCGGAUUUUCGUUGAGAAUGAGGCGCUCAAGCUGGAACCGGAUUGUGAACUGUUGGAGAACACAACUGUUGUUCAGCUGAAGCAGGAAAAGGUGGAGCUGGUCGAGGACAUGGAGGCGGAGUAUUUGGAACAAUCGCAGGAAAGUCCACGGGACGUUAAGCCGGUUGAGCUGAUUACGAACGACGAUCCUCCGCCGGAAGACUACGGCGAAGAUCCGCCGGACGGGUUCGACGACGGGGGUGGCGAUUCCGACUCGGCGCAGUCGGACGAAGACUCGAAGUCAGCUGCGGAGGAGGAGGAGAAGCGUCCAAGGCGUAGGAGAAAAUCCCGCGUGAGCGACACGAGCGAUGAGGACAGUUUCGUGGAGAGUGACGAAGAGUCGGACUCGGAAGACGACAAGCCACUGCGGAAGCGGCAGGUUUUGGUGCCGAAGAAGCGUGGCCGAAAGCCGAAACAAAAGUUACUCGAGGAUUACGAGAAUGAGACGAAGCCGAAAGUGGGUCGAGGUCGGAAGAAAUCGGCGUCGGCGGCAUCGCAGGAAACGAGUCGCAUCUGUCCAAUCUGUGGCAAGAUUCUGAUCCACAAAGGCAACUUCACGUCGCAUCUUAAAAUUCACAGCGAAAAGAAGGACUACGUUUGCAAUAUAUGCGGGAAGCAGUACUACAUCCGGCGAGAGUUGCAGAUGCAUAUCGAGUCCCUGCACGAGAAAAAGACAUUUGUCUGCAACAUCUGCGGAAUAAAGUGUGCCUGGAGGAAGGGAUUACAGCGCCAUAUGAAGAACAAACACUCGGACGAGAGUUCGCUCAAGCACAAGUGCACCUAUUGCGGGAAGGCAUUCCUGCUGCCGAACCAACUUCGAUUGCACGUGAUGAAGCACACCGGCGAUCGAAUCACGUGCGAGAUUUGCGGCGCCGGCUACAGAUUCAACUAUAUGCUGACCCAGCACAAGAUGCGCGAGCACGGCAUGGAGUUCAAGGGCGUCAAGCUGUACAAAAACAGCAACCGAUCGCGCAAGAGUGCCGCCUCGAAGCAGCAGCAGCAACAACAGCCCGCGGAAUCAGCCGAACCAAGUCAACCGCCUCCACCACCGCCAUCAACAACGCCCGCCACCGUCGAGGUGAUCGUUCCGCACAUGCUCGAACCCAGCCACGACUCGAUGAUGUCGUCCGAGUCUUCCCAGUCGCAUCCGAUUCAGCAACACCAUCAUCCGCAGCAGUAUCAUCCGGGCCACUAUCCGGCUGGGUUCGGGUAUCCUCCCGGUGGUCACGCGGCCACAGCGCCGGCCGCCAUGAUGCUUCCACCCGGCAGUUACAGCGGUUAGCGUGUGUGCGAUUGGUGAGUAGUGCCAGUUUUUAAGCAUUCGUCUCUAUUUUAACAUGUCUAUUUCGGUAAUAAAAAACAGAACAUCGCAAUAAG